AUACGAAGUAUAACUUACACUUCCAUACGCUCAUGUGUGUUACAUUAUUAUGUGUAAUAAUGCCUUUUACGAGUUUGAUUUGUCUGUUUUCAUGUAAUGCAUGGUGAUUUAUUUGAUUUGUAGACAAAAUCAACUUUUUUGUAAGAAUUGCUGGUUAAAAACUGGUUAAAAAAAAGGAAUGCGAUGGUUUUCAAUGAUAGUUUAGUCACGUGACAUAAAGAGGAUAUGACUCCACUUUUAUUUAUACAUACCUACGUCUUGGAAAGAGAGACUUUGAAGUGAGACGUCUAGCAAAUCAAACAAAUCAAACAAAUCGGGCAUCGCAUUCACAUCAAACUACGGUGCAGCAUUCGGAUUUUCAGACCCUCAUAUAACCCUAGAGGAUUUAACAAAUCGACAAUAUGCUAUUCUUUAGUUUCUUCAAGACGCUCAUUGACCACGAGGUGACGGUCGAGCUCAAGAACGACAUACAGAUCCGAGGCACGCUGAAGAGCGUGGAUCAGUACCUCAAUAUUAAGCUGGAUGAUAUACAGGUUGUCGAAGAGAUCAAGUACCCGCAUCUGAGCUCCGUUAAGAACGUCUUCAUCCGAGGCUCAGUCGUGCGCUACGUCCAUCUUCCUGCCGCAGCCGUAGACGUCCCGCUUUUGGAGGACGCGACGAGAAGAGAAGCCGCGCAGCAAGCCGGUAAGGGGAAAUGAGCAGAUGGCGUUCAGGGAAUCUAGGACAGAGUAGGCCUGGUCAAAAAAAAAGAAAGGACGGCAAUAUAAGAUAAGGGUUGAUUAGCAAGAAUCCCGCUGUCGAUAUCAAUAGGCGAGACCGAAGGCAUAUUAAAAUAUUGACAUACCUACACGACACAAGAGAUGCAGGAGAA